AAAAGUGAACGCUCCUCUCUUCCUCGGCUUCUUCGCUCCUCCCUCCCUCGUGCCUUAUCUCGAAACCACCAGAUAGAGAAAAAUCCAGGGGGGGGGCAAAAAAGGCAAUGAUUUCCCCAUCCCUCCUCCUCCUUCGACCUUCUUCUCUAUACCUAUCAUCAUCACCCCGUCAGCUCUCUGCUCCAAGAUUAGGCCAUGGCUUGCUCACCCGCAGGCGCAAGGGAGCACGUCUGCUUCAAACCCAGAAGCACACCAGACAACCGGCCACUUGCUUCUUCAAACCGAGAGAGAAAUCAAAUGCUGCUUCGACUGACAAGGGUUCAUCUGGAAACUGGCCCAUCCUUGAGCGAUGGGAUGUACCUUGGCAGUGGCAAACCGUUGUCCUCACUAUGGUUGCAUGUGGAGUAAGCUUUGCUUUGACAGGGUUGGUUGAAGCGUCAGCUUUGCCUUAUCUCGGUUUCCAGGGUGGAGACAUGAGUUUAGACGAGAAGGCCGAGAUACUUUUUGGUGGUCAAUUUACUGUGACAGCUAUUGUACUAGGAGUUGUAUAUGGCAUCACCAACACCUUUCAGCCACUUCCUGAUGAUCUUUUCCGCUAUGAAUGGAAGGAACCUUUCAAUUUGCAAAAUGGCUGGCUACUAUGGGCAGGAAUUGGCCUCGGGGGUGCAAUAAUUACUAUUGCUUUAGCGGGAACUGCCUUGACCUUUUUUAAUGGAGAGCCGCCACAGAGAGAGACUGAUGCCCUAGUUCGCUUGUUGCCAUUGAUUGGCUCAUCUGGUAUCAGCACUGCCUGUUUAGUAGGCGUGACAGGUGUUUUAGCCCCAGUUCUUGAGGAGACUGUAUUCCGGGGGUUUCUGAUGACAUCUCUAACGAAAUGGUUACCAACACCAGUUUCUGUGCUUAUAAGUGCUGCAGUAUUUGCUCUUGCUCAUCUCACUCCUGGACAGUUUCCUCAGCUCUUUGUGUUGGGGACCGCUCUCGGGUUUUCAUACGCACAGACUCGAAAUCUGAUGACUCCCAUCACUAUACAUGCUAUCUGGAAUUCAGGCGUAAUUUUACUGCUAACGUUUCUUCAGCUACAAGGAUAUGAUAUAAGAGAGCUGUUGCAGGCAUCUUAAAGUAUGACCUGAUUCUAAGCGAAGCUUUUGGUUCAAUCUGGCAUCAUUUCAAAAUGAUCAGUUACUACCUUAUCUAUGAGAUGAUCUGAAGUCUAUACAACAAGAGACUCGAGCUGGAAACCGAGAAGUGCACAAUCAGCUACUCCAACAACAGCAUAGGCUGCUGCAAAUUGAAUAUUUCUACUCCCAUUGCCCACCCCACCCCACCCCACAACAACAACAACAACAACAACAACAACAAAAAACCACGAGAAUGUAAAUGCAAUGACAUACCUCUCGAGCUCCAAAAACAUUUGAAGGAACGUUGUGUUUUUUUCUUUUCCUGACAGAAACUGGAAAUGUGUCAUUAGGCCAGGGCAUAUUAUGGAUAAUGAUUGACCUUUUGCAAUUAUAUGCACUGCAUGCUACAAA